ACAAAAGUCAAUCACUCCUAUUGGUUCAAUUAGUUCCUCUAUUUAGAAGCACAUUGUUUGUUCUUUCUCUUUAGUUUUAUAUCGAUCAUGAGUUCAAAUUAUCAAGUUCGUCACUUUUAUCAAGUUCCGCCAAAUUAUUAUGUUUCAAGAAACAUUGGUGGUCCACAUACAUAUAAUGGACAGAGUUGGUUUGAUAAUAUUGAGGACCCAUACUUGAGAGAUUUCUAUGCUACAACGAUGAAUUAUGACACAGGGUGUUAUUAUUAUUAUCAUCCAACAAGUGGAUAUGUCGAAGAUCAUGUCUAUGUUGCAGCUGAUGAUCAGUUUCCUUCUAUCGUGUGCACAAAUUCCCAAAGUCAUCGUACAUAUAAUGGACAGAGUUCGUUUAAUUACAUUGACAAUCCAUACUUGUGGGAUGACGCCUUUAAUCGGCCGACGGGUGAAAUCAUUGAUGGUGUCUAUGUUAUUGAUGAAAGUGAAUUCAUUAAUCAAGCUCUAGGAAAUUAUCACAGCGUUUUAAGAAACAUUGGUGAUCACUACUUUGCUCCACACAACUCAGCUCUCACAGGUCCUGGAAAUACAUAUAAUGGACAAAGUUCGUUUGAUAACAUUGAGGAUCCAGACUUGUGGGAUGACAUCUAUAAUCAGUCAACAGGUGAAUCCAUUGAUGGUGUCUAUCACACAACUGAAAGUGAAUUCUCUGACGAAGACUAUGACACAACAGAAAGUGAAUUCUCUGACGAAGAUUAUGAUACCACUGGAAGUAGAUUGACUGAUGAUGCCACUGACCUAGCUAUUCUAAUAGAAUUAUUGCAACUUUUGGUGGCCAAUGUGGUGGAAGGCAGCGAGGACGGGGAGGAGGCCACAGAGGAAACUCUAGCAAAUAUGAUGAAAACAAGAACUCAUUGCGGUACUGACGAUGGAGGAGAAACAUGUGCUAUUUGCCUAUGCGAAUAUGAGAAUGAUGAGGCAAUUGGCACUCUUGAAUGUCAACAUGAAUAUCACGCAAGAUGCAUAAAACAAUGGCUGCUGAAGGGGAAGAGAUCUUGUCCACUUUGUAGGUCUUCAGUUUUUCCGUCAUAGGAACACGUCAUAGAGAACCUUAACUUUUACUAGAACUUAAUUGUAAAGAUUGUUUUAUCAGUAUCUGGUCAUUAGUUGAGCCCAUUGCAAUUCUUUUAUU